AGACCCUGCCAGCGGAGUGGAGUGAGUGUGUGGGGCCACAGGGCGGCUCGGUCACACUGACUGUGUGUUCUGACUGAAGAGCAGAUCAUCUGGCACCAUGGCUACGGAGAAGCAGGUCGUGCAGAGGAGACUGUUUCCUGUAUGACUUGUAGCUUUUUAUCUCAGCGGAAGGCUUUGUGUGUGCGUGUCUGGUUGUUGUUGUCUGGCUCAUCUCCUGCUGCGUUAGCAAGUCAACAUACUAGCGUGCUCACAUCGACGCUAAGCUAGCAGGGCUGCUAGCCUGGCUGGUUUGUUUGUUGGGAGCUGGUGUGUAGGUGAUGUUGUCCGUGCUGUCGUACGGGAGACUCGUUGCCAGAGCUGUCAUCGGCGGACUCUCUCAGACAGACAGCCGUGACUACAGCCUGGUGACGGCAAGCUGCGGCUUCGGCAAAGAUUUCCGCAAAGGCAUCCUGAAGAAAGGGAUGUGCUACGGGGACGACGCGUGCUUCAUCGCCCGACAUAGAUCCGCGGAUGUUUUGGGCGUAGCAGAUGGAGUAGGCGGCUGGCGAGACUAUGGAGUGGACCCGUCUCAGUUUUCAGGCACACUGAUGAAGACGUGCGAGAGGCUGGUGAAGGAGGGGCGCUUCAUUCCCAGCAACCCCGUGGGAGUCCUCACGACCAGCUACUACGAGCUGCUGCAGAACAAAGUGCCACUCCUGGGAAGCAGCACAGCCUGCAUUGUGGUCUUGGACCGGCAGCGUCACCGGCUGCACACGGCCAACCUGGGAGACUCGGGCUUCCUGGUGGUCCGGGGAGGGGAAGUUGUCCACCGUUCAGAUGAGCAGCAGCACUACUUCAACACGCCCUUCCAACUGUCCAUCGCUCCCCCGGGGGCUGAAGGAGCCGUGCUCAGUGACAGCCCUGACGCCGCAGACAGCUCGUCCUUCGAUGUCCAGCUUGGUGACAUCAUCCUCACCGCCACCGACGGGCUGUUUGAUAACAUGCCUGACUACAUGAUCCUGCAAGAGUUAAAGAAACUCAAGAAUUCAAACUAUGAGAGCAUCCAGCAGACCGCACGGAGCAUCGCAGAGCAGGCCCACGUGCUGGCGUAUGACCCCAACUACAUGUCGCCUUUUGCUCAGUUUGCCUGUGACAAUGGACUGAACGUCAGAGGGGGAAAGCCUGAUGACAUCACAGUGCUACUCUCCAUCGUGGCAGAAUACACGGACUAACCUCGGUGUCGAGCUGGGACUGGGGUUGCUCUGCAUCUGCAGGUGAUGGACUGCUUUGAUUCCUGCGGGCCAGGAUGAAGGACUGAUGUCACAUGCUUCACAUGUCUGACUCUAUGCUGCAUAAGCCCCCCCCCCCCCAGCUGAGCAUCAAUCCCCCACCCCCCCACCCCUCUCUGAUCAUGAACAUCAGAGAGUGAAUGAAUCCAGAGGACCGGAGGCCUCAAACAUCCUUCUGGGCCGGUUGCAGUCUUGGCAUCUUCGGCAGGUUUCCAGUGCUCACUGGAUAAUCCUAUUGUGUGGGAUAAGCUGUCAUUGGGCAACAUGGAGAUGAUGAUCCUGUCCGACAAGGAUAAGUCCUCUUUCUUUGAUGGUGGUGAGAGCAGGGAGGAAGUGGAGAAUCAGAGACGGUGGCAGAUGUGGUCAGACCCCAGGUGUAAGACUGCAGAAGAGUGCACACCAUUUGUUACUUUCAUUAUUGGCUGAAGGACUUUAUAGUUAAAACCUCCUCGCCACAUUAUCGUCAAACUGAUGCCCUCCCUUUAAUCUCACCACCGCCGCCACUGCUGAAGUCUUAAUUGUGAUAAUGUGUGAUGUCUCUACGAACAUGUGUGUAAAUUCUGAAUGCAGCCAUGCCCGUCAGUGAAUUGAGAUGUUUCAUACGUGUCUAUGAAACGGAAAUGAAGGCUGCAGACGUCUGCGUAUCCACUGGGCUGAUAGGGUCUCACAGCCUUAAACGCACAAAGCGAGUUGGUCACGUGACCAAAGUUAUUUUUGUAUCUUCUUUGUUCAAUUCUUUCGAGCGAUCAGCACAUCAGAGUAGCUUUAGAACUUUCCGUUCCUUCUCUCCAUCCUUUCUGCCGCGGAGCUCCGGAGACACAUUCAUGUCAAGGUCGCCGUUUCCAUGACAUCACCACAGAUUUGCACUCUGCAUUCACUGCAAUCCUAAUCCACAGUUUAAAAUCUUUGUGCAACGUCGUCAGAAUAACGUGCCUUGUAUCAGGUGUUGGCGAUACUGGCUCCUUAAUUCCUUAAACCCCACAACAAUGUGCCCGGCUCUGAGCACAAAGCCUGAAAACUGUUAAGUAGCCAUAAAGUGAGAACAGCUUUCCCAUCAUGCCCUGCAGGCUUCACCCCUUCUCUCUGCAUCCACAGCACGUCCAACCUUUCUGAAACCUGCAGAAACCGUCGGCUCAGUCUGGAGUUUAGGAAUAGUUAUCCAGCCAUCACACACAUACAAACUCCCUGCGGAUCAGGAGAUGGAUGUUUACAUUCUGUAUGAUCAGACCCCCAGUUUCCACAUACUCCAUGAGCGCUGCGCUCCGUCAGCGCCGCACACUAAGCUGUCGUUUACUGCUACUCAAGUCAAUGAUUGUGUUUCCACAGUGAGCGCCGCGGCCCGUCUCUGGAGCUUGCCAUCAGCGCCUCUGCAUUCUCAACCAUUUAAAACACGCUGCAAGACAGAGCUCGCUGCAGGGACGCGUCAAGAUGGACAGAUUAGAUCGACCCGGACAGGAAGUCAGAAGUCCAGUCCAUUUAAAAAUAAAACACAUAAUACAGACUCCCAAAAGUAUUUUCCAUCACUUUAUCAACAUUACGUCAAAACAGGCACCGCAUGAACAAAUCAUCCUCAGAAAGACAAAGCAACAUGUUGUUUGCAGGUUUUUGUCUUAAUUCCCAUGUGAUCUUGUAGUUCUCGUGUGAUGUGUGAACAGCUGCUCAUGGCAGCGCUCACGCUCCAGAAAGGGAUCCAGUGGGGCAGGGCGACGUAGCUAAACCGUGGCGCUGAUGGAGUAUGUGGAAAUUGGGGGAACGCACUGCUCCCUCUCUUAACCUGACAAACUGGAAGACAGUAUCAGAUUUCCUUUUGAUGGGCGGGGCAGCGAGAAGUCAAAUGUAACUUCUUUUAGUCUUAAAGCACCGAGGACAAUCGAAGCAGCCUUAACAAUUUCAAAGUAAAAGCAAUUCUCCUCGUCAGAUUGCACGUCACUGUUGAUCUUCGAGGUUCCUGCUUCCUGACUCAGAGCUGCUCUUACACGUCUCCCCGCCUCUCGUCCUUCUCUCCCACACACACUUUGUUACAAACCAGAGCACGUGUCUAUAUUUUGAGUGUACAGUUGUGUGAGAAUUUUUUUUUUUUUGAAUCUGUAAAAUAUUUAAAUAAAGAGUAUAGUAUUUAUUAA